ACUUUUGGCUGACUUGCUCGUCUUAUUAGUGUAUGACGAAUGGUUGAACUUGUCGCUCAUUCUUUCGAUCGCAAGAAGAUGAAGAACAUUAUAUCGCUUCUGUUUUUGUUGGUUCUUCACUUGACCUUCGGUGCCAAGUAUUACGUUCCAAAUCUCCGGGCCAACUGGCACAAGGCGCACGAGUUCUGUACCUCCCUAGGGAUGGCGUUGGUGUCCGUCGAGUCUAACGAGAAACACCAGGAUUUGAUCGGGUUUAUCCAAACCACCGAUAAGCUGUCAAACCUGACGCGCUACUGGUUGGGCGCCAGUGAUUUGGCUGAACCGAAAACAUUCACCUGGCUGCACAAUAGUCGACAGCUCACGUUCCAGAAUUGGGCCCGAAGCGAGCCGAACAACUUGGAGGGCGAACACUGUGUAGAGAUGCUGUAUCAACGGUAUGCAAAGUACACUUGGGGUUGGAACGACAACGAUUGCACCUUCGCGGCCUAUCCCAUCUGUGAAACGGUCACCAAAGACUGUGUCGACACCUUCUAGAUCUGAGAAAACGUUGUUUCAAAAUUAUAUGAUUUUUUAAUUGUAUUGAGAUGUUUUUAAAAAUCAAAUUAACUAAAAUGUAGCAAUAACAUACAAAACAUAUUUCUGCGGUCAUAUAGUAAAAAAAUUAUAUUUCGGACAGUGUUGAAUAUUUAUUCCAAAGUAAUUAUCCAAUGAGUUCAUUUAAGGUGUGAAGAAGUUUACCGACCAAUUAACAUCGUCUACUUAUUUUUAACAUUAACCGUAUUGAAAAGUUUAUCCUUUGCGAUUUGUGCCAUUAGUCCGUGGAUCAGCUCGAUCGAUGCUCGGCUACAAUCACGUGUGGCCUUUGAAAGCUUGUCUUCCGUGCGUUUUUCGUUCGGAUCCGUUCCGCUAACCACAAAUGGACCACGGCCCAGGCUAGCUUCACUAAGUUCCAACUUUUCGGACAAAUCCAAUAUCUGGCCAGUGGUAUAGUCGGCGUUGCUCAGCAAACCGGAACUGCCUAGAGUGUUGACCCAGUACUUGUUCCACAGUGAAUCGAGCAGCUUACGGUCCAGUGCUGACUUGAAGUAGGUCACGUCCAGCUGAUAGUACUGCUUGCAGUGAACACCAAAAUCUUCUAUCUUAUUCAACGGAAUUGUCUGGUACUCGGACGGCUCCUCGUUGGGUGGCUU